CUACUUUCUUAACUGCUCUCUUUGAAAACUCCUUCAAUACAGGCUCUUCUCUCCCUUGCUUUCUGCUAUUGUUGUUUGUGCGUAUUUGGUUUGGAAUAUUACUUCUUUGCUGUAUUCUACAUUCGCUUAGAGCUUUUUUUUUUUUAAAGGUAUUAAUUGAUAUACAGUAGUGGUGUAACCAUGGAAGAGGCUUCACUUGCCGAUCAAGGUGAUGACCUUAUGGAUUUGCCCCCAGGUUUUAGAUUCCACCCUACAGAUGAAGAGAUCAUAUCCUAUUAUCUCACAGAAAGGGUGAUGAAUAGUAGCUUCAGUGCAAGAGCUAUCGGAGAAGUUGACCUUAACAAGUGUGAACCCUGGGAUUUACCUAAGAAAGCAAAGAUGGGAGAGAAGGAAUGGUAUUUCUUUUGCCAGAGAGAUAGGAAGUAUCCUACAGGCAUGAGAACGAAUCGAGCUACCGAAUCUGGAUACUGGAAGGCCACUGGAAAGGAUAAAGAGAUUUACAAGGGGAAGGGUUGUCUUGUUGGGAUGAAGAAGACCCUUGUUUUCUACCGAGGGAGAGCCCCCAAAGGAGAGAAAAGCAAUUGGGUCAUGCACGAAUACAGACUGGAAGGCAAAUUCUCAUAUUACAACCUCCCCAAAGCCGCAAAGGAUGAAUGGGUCGUCUGUAGGGUAUUCCACAAGAGCGCGGGGAUCAAACGAAGUCUUAUUCCUGCGCCGAUAAGGAUGAACUCUUUUGGGGAUGAUCUCUUGGACUGUUCUUCUCUACCGCCUCUUAUUGACCCUCCUUAUUCCAACCCCAACAAAAAUGAUUCCUGCUUUACAAAUGGUGAAGAUGAAUUCAAGGGAUCAUCAACCAGAUUUUCAGAUGGAAACCACCACUACCCUUACUUCUCCCCCACCAUAAACGGUCAUCAACUGCAAAAGCAACAAGAUCAGAAGAGCUUUCUUCUAUCCCCCAAUAACGUGCACACCACCUCCAACUACCAAGCCACCCUAAGCAACCCUACACCAAACUCCAUUUUCUACCCCCAAGUUUCUCCCUCGAAUCCUCUCUUCCCCUUCCAAGCAUCCCCAACUCCUGGUUAUUCACACUGGCAGAUGGGUAGUUCAUUCCCAAGCUUUCCGGGCUCUGGCUUCAAAGGUAGUGAUCCGACCAGUACCGUAAGAGCCCAGACAUCUGGCGUACAGAGGCAAUGCAAGGUGGAGCAGUUCUCAUCCAACCAGUCUAUGGUCAGCCUCUCGCAGGACACCGGGCUCAGCACUGACAUGAACACGGAGAUAUCCUCUGUGCUUUCAAAGCAUCAUGACAUAGGAAACAACAGGUCUUACGAAGAUCUUCAAGGUCCAUCGGUCGGCCAAAUCGGAGAUUUGGAUUAUUUACUCGACUACUGAAGAUACAAGAAGAAGCAGCCUGCGAGACGAUCUUCUCCAACUGGUUAAUCAAUUAGUCCAAAAGAUGAAAGGUUCUAGGGUUUCAAAUAUACUGUAUAGUCAAUUUCUUCAUGUCUAGAGCGUUUCAAAUUACAUUUUCAUGAACAGAUACCAAAGGAAAAGAAAUUAACAUUAACUCCACGAUCUCAUGUACAUGUUUUUUUUUUUUUCUUUACAAUAUUUAUAAUUAGUAACUCCAUUUCUUAUUAA